CUCAACCCUGUUUAACCAGUUAUUGUACAAUACGUUAUCAGUACUGUUUUGGUAACCAGCCGUCAGAGCGAUACACGUCACCAGUCGACUCAGUGUGGUAUAUUUACGUGACCGAAAGUAAUCUGUUCUUUUUAAAAAACGUUAAACGACUUGUUAUCGCAGUUCAUUAAUCAUGGAAGUUAAAAAGGAACGGGCACGUGCAGCAAACUUCACCAAAGAAGAAGAGAACUUACUGUUAAGAAUUAUUAAUAAUCAUAGUGAUGUUAUUGAAAUCAAACUGACGGAUUCGGUGACAAAUUCAAUGAAAGCUCGUGAGUGGAAAACAAUUGCAGAAGAAUUUAAUGCCCAAAACCUUGGACAGUUAAGGGACCCUAUAUCAUUAAGGACGAAAUAUGAAAAUAUCAAAAGAAAUGCCAACAAGAAACUUAGGGAAAAAAAGAUAAGUAGGAUAAAGAUGGAAGGUGGUCCUGAAGAAAUUGUUAUUUCGGAUGAUGACGAGACCCAGCUUUUGCAGGUUAUAGAGCCCAAAGCUGCAGGGUUUCAGUACACAUAUGGAGACGAUGAUGUAACUCACAACAACCGAAUAACAACAUCUUUGUUUAUGGAAGUUGAGGAUGAUUCUGUUAAUGAAAUGGAUACUAAAUCCAGUAUUGUAGUGGGUCCUAAGGUUGAGGCUUCUCAAGAUAACGAAUCUUUGGAAAUAGCAGCCUUUACUACUUCACCCAUUUUUCCACAUUCUUUAGCAACCCCUAGCAGUAUGGGCCAAACUUUAGUUGGGCAAGCCAGCAAAUCUCCAGAGGCCACCCCAUAUGAGUUUCAACCUGUUGAUCCAACACGGCUUCCUUCCCUUGAUGAAUUCUCCCUUCCAGUGUUGAGAACCCGAAAGAGAGGUCAUACACUUGACAAGAUCUCAGCUUGGGCAAUAUCAAAGGCUGCUAUUGCUGAACAAGAGCAAAUUUUUAAAAAAGAACUGCAUGAGCAGAAAAAGCGACAUUUGGAGGAGGAACAUUUAUUGAGGAUAAAAAUCUUGGAGCAACAACUACGUCAUGCGGAGGAGCAGCAGUCGUGGCUCCAAGUGGAACACCUUGAAAAGUUGAAAAACAUUAAAUCAACUCAAUAGUUAAUAUUAUUUUGUAUAAUGGAUUGUAUUCUAAAUAGACUAUUUAUUACGUCUGUAACUAUACAGAAUAGUUAUUGAACUAUUCAGAUUUUAGAAUCUGUUUUUACUCGACUAAGUGAAGCAACACCAGGGUUGUUUGUUUGGAUGAUCCACUAAAGCUAUGUAAUGAAUAUUUGAGCGAUCAUCAAUUACACUUUGUAAUUUGAUAGCUCAAAUUAUUCGGUGAGAUCCCCUGAAUGUUUUGAAACAACUUGAGUUGAAAAUACUGAUCCAUGAUUGAAUAAAAAGUGUUAAAUCAAUUUUCUAGAAGGUGUGUUACGAUGUUUUCAGCAAAUGGCUGCAGCAUUUUUAAAAUUUAAUAUCAUAAAUUAUUCUGUGAGAUCCCGUGAGGUUUUUGAAAGAAUUUGAGCACAACAUUGUAGCAAUUUACUGCGUAUAGUGUAAGAAAAAGAAGAGUAUAAGAAAGGCAUGUCAUUUUUUUUUUUUUAGCGGUGGCUUAACCAAUUUAUAACUUUGACAGCUGUAAUUACUCAAUGAGAUCCCAUGAAUGUUUUGAAACAAUUUGAGCAUAAGAUACUAAAAAAUGUUUUAUUAUAUUUUAAUCAUCUUAAUUAUUAAUUGAUUGAAAUGGUAUCAGGUGAUUAUAUGUUAUGAAAACAAAUUGUUAAUACUUAUAAAACUAAAAAUAUUUGAAAAAGUUAAAAUAUAUUGAUUGAUAAAAAAAUUUUAAUUAAAAAAUAAGCAACUUCACAAAUUACUCUAUCUGUCUUAAGGGACAUAAAAUGAUGUAUAUCUACAUAAAAAUAUAAGUUGGUUUAUUAGUGUCUAUGAAUAUUGAAACUUGGUGAAAUAGUCGGGUGGCUUCCAUUACAUUACAGCUCUUUCUGUUCCAUACAUAUAUGCAUGUUCUCAGUAAGCUACUGGGAUAGUAUGGAGUGUAAGAAAAAUAUGAGAGAAAGCGAUUCUAUAACAAAUGGAAUCCAGG